AUCUUUUCUCAUACGAAACACUUCGAUUCUUUCUUCAUGAUUGUUUCUGUAUUGAGGUACACAGAACAUUUGAAAUGAUAGAUUCACAGGACGUUAGUAAAGAGGAAUUAGAAGUAUUGAAAGGCGAUGCUGUGGGUAACAAUCUCUGUAGUAGCAAAUGGAUAAUUAAUACUUUGAUGUCUCUACUUAAGGUUGAUGAAAAUGGCUGGACAGAAGAGCUUGAAAAUCAGCUUUGUACUCUUUGGGAUUUAAGUACGGAAGGAGAAGUAGUGUCAUAUCUUUUGUCACAGAAUUUUCUUCAGAUAGCGAAGUACUUGUUAACAAUUUGUGACGAACCAAGAUUCAUUGAAAUAGUCUUAGGUAUUAUUGGCAAUGUAUGCUGUAAUGAUGAAGCCAUCGAUGCAGUAGGAUGCGAUCAAGAAUUAAUUAAACAAAUCCUGAGCCAUCUUGAAUCCAGUGACUCAUUAAUAUUGAUUCAACUUAUCAGGAUCUUACAAUUAAUUGCAUGGAAAAUCCGGCAAAAUCCUCAAUCAAAUUGGGUAGCUCAUCUUACGAAAUGUGAAUUUUUUGGAGCUACUAUAAUUUUUAUAUUAAAGAGUUCAACUAAUGAUAAUUUAUUAAUAACCACAAUGAAUUUGCUUGAGUUUAUAUCUCAGAUAAAUUUGCUAAAAAAACUGUUUAAAAUAAACGACUUGAUUCCCGCCCUGUUAGAAUCGUUUGCACAAGUAUUACCUGAGGGAAAAACGAGUCUCUCCGAAUUAACUUUUGUCCAACAUUGGCUGGCAGUACUAAUUGUCGUAAUGGAGUCUGGCUCACUUACAUUCGAGGACUAUGAGAAUGACGAAAGGUUUUUGAAGCUGAUGGAUAUUAUAUACAGGAUAUUAAAACCAUAUAACAAGUCGUACAAUUUGUAUCCAAUUCAGCAACAAAGUGCUAACAUAAUUUACGAUGCUAUGCGAGUAUUAUUAAGUUUUCGUCGUUGCAACGUAAAUAUCCCAACAAGGAUAGAUUAUAUUAUCGCGAUUUUAAUUUUCUCCCUAAAAACGGGCAUCGCGAGUCUGUUUUUCGCCCUCAGAAGAGUGAAAAGUGACCAGAAACGAUCCGUCGUUUUUCCAGUUUUGCAGCAGAUAUUUAUGGAUUGCGACGCCUCAAUGUCAACCUUGAUGCCGGAUUUAACGGUUUUGACAGACGAUGCGGUGCCGAUUUCCAGGAUCGUCGAGUACAUUCAGGAUCAAUUGCCGAACUGGUCGAUCGACAAUCUAGAGGAAUUAUGGAAGUGUUUAGCCGCUGUUUCAACGAAGGAUUGCGUGAAUUUACAACAAUUCAAAGAGGCGACGAAAUGCUGGAUUACCAAGAUUCAACAGGUUCAGUCUGUGGAGCACAGCAAUAAUAAUAAUGUCCAGGAGAAACUCUACCUCGUGAACGACGCAGACUCUUCAAUGAAAACUAUGGAUUUGACUAAUGAUAUCGUGAAAUUAGAGUUUCGAAAUAUGAAAUUUCGAAAACUCUGCGAAGAAAACAAUAUCCUUCGUGACGAGCUCGAGCGACAUGAAAGAUCAAUCAACAAUCUCAAACAACAACACAGUAUUACCGAGAAACAGCUAAAACAUUAUGUUCACAAAUGUCAGCAAUUCGAAAAGGAAAACGAUGAGCAAAGAGAUCAAUUAAAUGAGUUGAUUAAGAAUGAAAAGACUAUGACCUUGGCUCUUCAAAGAUAUACGAAAGAGCAUCAGAACUUGUUGAAGCAAUUGGAAGCCGCGGAAAUUGAGAUACAAGCUAUACCAUCUUUAAAAGAAAAACUAGAGAAGAUCACUAAAGAGAAAAUGGAGUGUUUGAAAUUGAUCACCAAAAUACAAGAAGAAUUUGACGAAAAGGAAAACAAUUAUUAUCAAUUAAAAACUAUAAUAACCAAACUCAAGGACACGAAUAUUAGCAUGAAAGAGGACUACGAAUACACGAUUCAUAAUUUGCGUGAAAAGAAUCGUAAACUCAUGGACGAAAAUGUGGAACUCCAAUCGUUAUCGGUCCUUAAUGCAUGUUCUACCGAAGAAAGACUCUCGUUAUCACCAGUUUUGGACGAAGAUGAAUGCUACCUACAUAGCACACCUUAUAAGUCGAUAAAAGUAUCGAUGGAAGAUUCAUUAUAUACGGAAUUGAAAGCUUCAGGCUUUACAACUGACUACAGCAGAAAUAAUAUACAAGAACUCGAGGAAGAAUUAAACGAAUACGAUGCUAAGAUUGUUACGAUAUUGGAACAACUAGAAAAAGUUAUACAAUUUUUUGUUACGAUACGGGGCUCUGUCGAUGAUCUAUCUUACUUUAAUUCGCAAGACAUGGACGCAAAAACUCAUAAUAUUGAUAUAUUGAGGCACAAAGUAUCUUUUCUAUUAAAUAUGAUGACAGAAGAGAUCACGAGAAGAAACAUGAGACAAGAUUCGAGCACACAGCUCCAAGUCGAGCCGGCAAAUGCAACCAGCAGUUUGGAGCAAUUUGGCGUCAGAAGUUUCCGGGAUCUGUUGUUGACGCACGCAACGAACCGAUCGAUACACACGUUGCUGUCGGAUUUACAAUUAUCUUCGCUAGCCGUGGAAGACUCGAGGCAAACAUUUGGUUAUCAAAAUCCUGAAACAAAUACUAUCGAUAUUUCAUUCGCAUGCGGAGAUGGUCUAACGCAGGAAGACCACGACGAGAAAUCUGUGCUGUUUACUGCGGAAAUACGCGACGUUUCCAAGGAACAUUUCGAGAAAAAUCGAUCGAGUGAAAUGUCAAAAGGAUCAAGUAUUCUCAAAGUGGAUUCGAAGGCAUUGGCCACAUCGGAAGAGAUAAAGUGGAAUUGUAUAAGUGAACAAGUACCUGAAGUGAAUAACAUAAGCAAUCCAGCGAGUCCCCGCAGAAAAAUUUCUGUCUACUGCCGUCCGUUCGACAUUGUUGCGGUACAGGAUCCGCUUAAGGAUCAUCAGGGAUCUAAUUUGGAAGUAAAGCAAUCAUCGAGCACUCCAUACAACUCUUCUUCGCAAAUCAACAAGAUCACCGAUUGGGAGCGAAAUAUUGUGAUGAAUUAUGCGUUUAAUCACGGUUAUCGCAACAGAGAAAGCGACAGCGAUUCCACGAACUCUACGCCGGAAAAGCAAUUCCAAUAUAGCCUAGACGAUGAAAUACCGGUCGAGCAGACGAUACUUAGAAAGAUUCAUUUGGCGCCCACGCGCUUGAAAUUUCCACUGGAAGCAAAAAACGAAUUACAUAGAAUCGUCGAGGCUUCUGACUGUGCUUCUCCCGUUUCAAUGAAUUCUACUGAAUUCGAUUUUUCUCUUAUCGUCGGGAACAAGAAAGAUGACGACGUUUCCAUGCAUUCAUCUUCGACAUUUAUAGACAAAUGCAAGAUGAAGAAUGUGGUAUUCGAAUCUACACCAUAUUUAAACAAGACUGUUUCGCAAGCACACUUAGUGUCUAAUCGCUGUCUAUUGUGUGAUCAAACUGAUUUAACGAAGAUCAUGGAUUUAAAGGAUCCCCACUCCUUGACAUGCGUGCAAAGAGUCGACGACGAGAGUCAGUCGCGAAUCGAACGGUCAGUCGAUAGCCAAAUGUCGAAUCGCGAGGACAGUUUAGCCGUAUCAGGCAACGGCGAGUGCAAACCGACAACGGGGUCCAAUGAUCGAUAUAGUAUCGCUGAAGAAGUCGUGAAUGAGGUCGACAAAAUCGUCAAUGUCGCGCCGUCCGCAUCGUUGACCGAUUCGGAUUCGAUAAAAGUAGUGCCGUGCAAGAACGCGGUGCAAAACGAUGAAAAAGCGUGCGAAAGAAACUUGUUGGAGAUGAAACGAGAAAUACCACAGUUGGCUUUAAAUAUGAAAAGAUCAUAUUCGGAGGGCGAGAACCUCGGUCGAUUGGAAUGCCGUUGCAAAAAAAAUGCAUUUUUGAUUCCGGAAAGUAAUCAACGAAUGAAAGUCUUCCCAAGUCUUAUGGAUAUUCGUCUGCAGGAAUCUGGGCCAGUCUGCAUAAAUCUAGCUAAUUUAUCGGAUAUUGAAUUAGCGAUCAGGGAGAAUUCAAAUGAAUUUGAACUGCAGAAGAAGUACAUAGCGUUCUCGUUAUGCCUCUGCACAGAAAGGUUGACUUUACCGCGAAGGAUAGCGAUGUCACUUCGACAACGCGACCAAUCUGAGAAAAACCUUUCCUACGAAGUGCGGAAGAUGCAGCAGGACAUUCAGGAACUCGCGCCACUAUGCACGGAUAGGGAAUCCGUGGAGCGGGUGGAACGAGUCAGGCAUCAAUUGGACAUGAUCGUGCGAUGUGCGCACAGGGUGUCUUGCGCGGCCGAGACUCUAGGCGCCGUGCAGCAGGAGCGUAGGGUAUCCCGAGCUAUUUUAUUGGCCGAUAAAUAUCUCCAAGUGCUGCAUUCCCGAUGUGAGAAGCUGAUCACCAAUGUCGCCGAGACCAAACAGAUCCUAGUAGACAACAAUAUAAUGAUAGAGGAGAAUGCCAGCGAGCUCAACGAUGAACUACCUCGCAUCAGAUACAGGAGCGGUACACCCGCCAAUAAUCGUAUGAUGAUGGCUAGGAGAAGAGCCAGCGUAGCCACAAUGUCUCGGCCGAUGGGCAACGCACAGGAUAUGACAAAGGACACUAUGAGACAGCGAAAUUCUGUUUCCGGACGCAUGACUCUCAGGAGACCAUCAUUCAGCUCCGAAUCCCCAAAAUGGGAAAUCGAAAAACUACAUCGUACCGAAAGUUCCAAUAGCAUCAGUGAAUUACGAGGUAUUUUCGAGCAGGCUGAAUCUCGUCGUAGCUCGAGAGAGGAAAAUAACAACAUGCUACGAUUGAAUCAUUCUAAUGGCCAAAGUACAAUAAAUUGUGCGAUAAUUGAUAAUGAGGUUUGGACGAACGUAAAAGAGGAAGUUUCUUCUGAAGUUUCUGACAAUGAAAGUAUUAAUUCUGAGAGUAGAUCGAGCGUAAAAUCGUCACAAUCUUUCCUAUUAAGACGAGAAAGAAGAAUAUUAUCAAUAUGGCAUAUAGUGCUGUUGAGUAUUAUAAUUUUCUUCUUCGUAUUUUAUAUGAUUCAUGCAAUGUCGUUAAACGUUUGCCAAGAACCGUUAAACAAACGGUUGAUCGGAUACGUUUUCGACAAAUGCGGUCAGAUAAGGAACGCAGCGCCUCAUCCAAUGUGACUUUCUUGCGUUCUGAUUAGCUGUAUCAGUAAAAUAAGUAGCAAGACUAAGUGUAGAUUGUAACAUAUGUCAAUUAUGGAAAGGCUGAAUAAAUUAAUAAUUGCAGAGUUCGUUUCGCCUUCUAGUGAAGUCACGCUUUAGCCGCGAGUGCUGUGAUUAAAGUUUUCGGUUCCUCAUUGCAACUGUGUUUGUAUCAUGGCUUCAGAAACGACAAAUCGAUAAAUAUUUCUACACUUCAUGCGAAAUAAAUCGAUCUUUUUCGACUAUUACUUGUGUUUGACAAAAGAUAAAAUCCGCAAUAUUGUAAAUGUAUUAAUAAAUAACUGUAAAUCUAAUCAAA